UUUCAUUUAUUUAUUUAGUUUACCACAAUUUAUUAUUAUAUUAUUAUUUUAUCAUCGUUGUGCUUGUAGUGCGUUCUACCUGACAUUCAAUGUCCAACUAUCUUUCUUCUUCUUUUUCAUGUUCCUCUCUGGAUUUUGCACAGUUUGUUAUCUAUUCUUCUUUUUAAUCUUUUAAGUCUUAAAUACACAGUUUUAUUGCAUUAAUUCUUCUUAACUUUUCUCUCGAAGCAAACAGCUAUCAUUUGAUUUUUUUUUUUUUUCCCCUUCAGUACCAUUUUGCAUUUCACUUCUUUUCGUUGAUGGGUAACUUUUUUUAAUUAACGUGGUUCUUUUGUUUUUGAGUCCAUUUGCAUAAUCCCCAUUUGGAUACAAGAACCAAUAAUUUUUGGAAUAUCCAAAUUUUAAUAACUUGGAGAAAAAACCCGUUUGAUACUUUGCCUUAUAUCAAUUCAAAAGACUUCCUUUUUUUCUUUAAGGGUCUUAUUGAAGAAGAAGGUUUUUUGCUUUGGAACCGUGAAUGAUGGCGGAUUCCAAGGCAAAUCCAAAUAUUUCAGAGCAGACAUCACCUGAUUUGCUCAAGAAUACGCCUUCAAACAUUGCAAGAUUGGAGGAUGUAAUAGAGCAUAGCAAAGGCCGUCAGAAGUACCUUGCGCAAACUAGGAGCCCCUCUGAUGGUAGUGAUGUUAGAUGGUACUUCUGUAAGGUCCCUUUGGCUGAGAAUGAGUCAUCUGCCUCAGUCCCUCGUUCUGAGAUAGUGGGGAAGAGUGACUAUUUUCGUUUUGGUAUGAGAGAUUCUCUUGCAAUAGAGGCAGCUUUUUUGGAGAGAGAGGAAGAGUUGCUAUCUAGUUGGUGGAAAGAAUAUGCAGAAUGCAGUGAAGGUCCUAAAGUUCGGCUUUCAUCUGAUAAGAAGUUGGAUACAGAAAAAAGUGCGUGUUCUCCGAAAGGUUCUCGAGCAGCUCACUUAUAUGAAGUUGAAGAAGAGCGAGUUGGUGUGCCUGUAAAGGGGGGACUGUAUGAGGUGGAUUUAGUGAAGAGACAUUGUUUUCCUGUUUAUUGGAAUGGAGAAAACCGGCGUGUUCUAAGGGGUCACUGGUUUGCACGUAAAGGGGGCCUUGAUUGGCUGCCACUUCGUGAGGAUGUUGCAGAACAAUUAGAGAUUGCAUAUCGUAGCCAGGUUUGGCAUCGAAGGACAUUUCAACAGUCUGGGCUUUUUGCUGCUCGUGUUGAUUUGCAAGGUUCUACACCAGGACUUCAUGCACUUUUUACGGGAGAAGAUGAUACUUGGGAAGCUUGGCUUAAUGUUGAUGCUUCUGGUUUUUCUAGCAUUAUUACCUUAAGUGGAAAUGGGAUUAAGUUAAGGCGUGGUUACUCUGCAUCUCAGUCAACAAAACCAACCCAGGAUGAACUUCGACAGCGAAAGGAAGAAGAAAUGGAUGAUUACUGUUCACAGGUUCCUGUUCGACAUGUUGUCUUUAUGGUUCACGGUAUUGGUCAAAGGUUGGAAAAAUCUAAUUUGGUUGAUGACGUUGGCAAUUUUCGCCAUAUAACAGCAAGUCUUGCUGAGCGACACCUUACUGCACACCAGCGUGAUGCUCAGCGAGUCCUUUAUAUCCCAUGCCAGUGGAGAAAGGGCUUGAAACUUAGUGGUGAAACUGCAGUUGAAAAGAUUACUUUAGAUGGUGUUCGUGGUUUACGUGUCAUGCUGAGUGCAACAGUACAUGAUGUAUUGUACUACAUGAGCCCCAUCUAUUGUCAAGAUAUUAUUAAUUCGGUGUCAAACCAAUUGAAUAGGUUAUAUUUGAAGUUUCUGAAGCGCAAUUCUGGUUAUGAUGGAAAGGUUUCUAUAUAUGGUCAUUCUUUGGGAAGUGUCCUCUCGUAUGACAUUCUCUGCCAUCAGGAGAAUCUGUCCUCUCCAUUUCCAAUGGAAUGGAUGUAUAAGGAGCAUGAUAUGAGUGAUGAAUCUAGUAUAGAUAUGAAAAACCAAUCUUCUCUAUGCGGCACUUCUAACAAUUUGGAGGGCAACAACUCCAGUGUUAAUGAAGCAACGGAAAAAGUGGAUCCUGUUGAUGUGUUGCAUGAUCAAUCAACUAUGUUAUGUCCAGAUAGACAUGCUGAGGAUUUUUCCACAUUUUCGAAUUCAUUUCUAUCAGAUUUAACAUACCUGCCUCCGCCUACUGUGGACCUUAAUCAAAAUGGUGGCAAGAAAAGCGACGAUGACCUGGGUAAUGAUUCCAACAAUAUUGACAACAAAAUCAAUGGUUUGGAGGAAAUGAUUGCAAAAGAUGAAGACAAUGAUGACUCUGGCAAUAAGGAUAAAGCAAUUAAAUUGCUAAAGAACGAGAUUGAUUCACUAAAAGCUAAAAUAGCAGAAUUGGAAUCACAAGGUGCUGGUAGAGAAAAUACAGAGGCAGUUGCAACCACUCCAAAGCAACUUGUAUCUGGGAAGCUGUCAGCAGGGUUAGGCGACGAUGCUCCAAAGAGUUACACACCUUAUAUUAAGUACACGAAACUUGAAUUCAAGGUCGAUACAUUCUUCGCUGUUGGAUCACCUCUUGGAGUCUUCCUUGCACUUCGUAAUAUUCGUAUUGGAAUUGGCAAAGGGCAAGACUAUUGGGCAGAGGAAAAUAUUAAUGAAGAGAUGCCGGCUUGUCGUCAAAUGUUCAACAUUUUUCAUCCAUUUGAUCCUGUUGCAUAUAGAGUAGAACCGCUUGUCUGCAAAGAAUACAUCGAUAAACGUCCAGUUAUUAUUCCUUACCACAAAGGUGGAAAGAGGUUGCAUAUUGGGUUUCAGGAAUUUACUGAAGAUUUAUCUGCUCGUUCUCAGGCAAUGAUUGAUCGCCUAAAUUUUGUAAAGGUUAAAGUACUUACAGUUUGCCAGUCAAGAAGUAUGGAUCACCUAGAAGAGGAAGCAGAAAAUGCCCAAGACAAAGAAGAGAGGACAUAUGGCUCCCUAAUGAUAGAGAGAUUAACUGGAAGUGAAGGAGGACGGAUUGACCACACGCUUCAGGAUAAGACAUUCGAACAUCCAUACCUACAAGCCAUUGGAUCACAUACAAACUACUGGAGGGAUCUCGACACUGCUCUUUUCAUUUUGAAACACUUGUACAAGGAUAUACCUGAAGAAGCCAACUUGCUUGAUGAAUCUAGUGGACAAAACUCAAAAGAUGAGAGUAGUACCACAGGAUGGUCUGAUCAAAGGGAGACCAAAGAGGAGGAGCUUCCUCUGACAUUCUCCGACAGAAUGAUGAUUAGAAACUUUUCAAGGAAAGCUAAGAAAUUUAUGAAGACUUGAAAGAGUGUUGAUAGGAGUACUCGUCGUAAUGUGUUGGAUUUAGAUACUGCUACUGCAGCUCCAUACGGAAUGGCUUGGCCUUGAUUUACUUAUGGUGGUGUUUGUGCUAGUUACAUCCCCUACUGAGGGCUGAAUCAUUGUGCAAUUUGAAGAUCUGUGAAUGAAGAUGCAAUCCUGCUAUGAUUGAAAUUAGAAGAAUCAUCAGAAGGGAUAAUAAAGUGAAGGGUACACAAUAGUUGCAUGGCCAUUUAGUAAUUAGUUGUGAUGGCUUCCCACAUAGUGGGUGCUUUCUGUUUCUUUCUGUACAGAAAAGGAAUAUAGGAAGCUAGGAACCAUGAAAACGAACUGAUCACAGUGAAAUUUGGUUGGCUCUUCUACAGAUGUAUAUAUGCUACAGAAAGAUGGACAACUGUACAUAAAUUGUACAAUUCAGAGUUGUAAUAUUGCUUAUUGCUGUGAUAGGUAUCCACUAAACCUGGUUAAUAUAAAUUAAACAUUUGAUUUGAUUACCUUA